CGGCAAAGCGCUUUAUUACGUUGUCCCAGUAACCAGGUGUAAACAUUUCACUUGCAAGCAGCAUGGCUCCAGAGACGAUGAAGAGAGUGUCCUUUGGAAGCACCCAGGAGAGGAAACUGUUGCCCCACCACUGUGCCCCGAACAGGCUAGGGGUCGAGGUGCCCCCUCUUCUGGAGAGGCCUCACUUGGGGCCAGGCUGCUACAACAACCACACUGUGAGCAGUUUCUUGUAUCAGCUGGAGAAGAGGCCCGAGAGCAGGAAGGGGUAUACUCUAGGGGCUCGGACCACAGGCCGCUUCCUACCCUCUACUGCACAGACAGACACUCCCUCUCCAGUGGAGUACCAGGCAGAGUGGUGCCGUGAGCGCCUCUUCCCCCUGUACCCUGCCCCCUUCUGCUCCAGCACAGCGAGGUUCCGGCACCACAGCCCCCUCAAGUGCCCCACUCCAGGUCCAGGGAUGUACGAUCACAACAUUCCUGGAAACCGGAAAGUGACCUGGCCAAUGAGAUUUGGAGCACCAGAGUGGCGGCUGGUUCCCUCCCUGGAGAAGAGAACAAUGAAGACCGAGCUUCUCACCGACAAGGAAUUCCGAAAACAACGCAACAGGAUUGCCUACCUCAGCUUGUACUACAACUAAGCAGUGCUGCUGAAGACUGCAUCACAGACAGACCCUGCUACAGCACAGC